AUGGUUCAGUGAAUCUGGUCUUAUCGAUGGCUGAAGUUCUUCCGGUCUUUGUUCUUCCUUCCGAACAUCGCCCAGGCCAAGUAAAUUCCACGGAUGGAAUUCCAGUGAUUGAUCUCAAAGGAUGGCACUGGGAGGCUGCGGAAUCGCCCCAGGAUCGCAGCUACAGGGAGAGCAUUGUGCGGCAAAUCGGAGACGCUGCACAGGAAUGGGGAUUUUUCCAGAUUGUCAAUCACGGGGUCUCGCAGCGUGUGCUGGACGAGGUGGAGUCGUCGGCCAGGGAGUUUUUCGACCUGGAUCUCGAGGAGAAGCGCAAGGUGACGAGAACUGCGGAUAACGCCAUGGGAUACUUCGACAUGGAGCUCACCAAGAAUGUCCGCGACUGGAAGGAGGUCUACGACUACUUGGCCUGCGAGAGAGCCGAAAUCGAUCCAAAGCAAGUUUUUACGAACAAAUGGCCUUCAAAUCCUCCGGAAUUCAGGGAUGCUUGCAAGAAUUACUCGGCGGCUAUGGAGGCGCUAGCUUUCAAGGUCCUGGAGCUCGUCGUUGAGAGCCUCGGAGCUCCCGCCAAGGCCUUGAACGAACACUUCGUGGGAGGAUCCACUCGAGUUCGCCUCAAUUUCUACCGAAAGUGCCCGUCCCCCGACCUUGUUCUUGGAGUGAGCAGGCACAAAGAUGGCUGCGCCCUCACGCUGCUAGCCCAGGACGAGGUUGGGGGGCUCCAAGUGAAAUCCAAAAGGAACGAUCAGUGGGUCCAAGUGAAAGCUCGCCGGGACGCAUUUGCAGUGAACAUUGGAGACCUCAUCCAGGUUUGGAGCAACGGCAAGUACCAAAGCAUCGAGCAUCGUGUGGUGGUCAACUCCACCAGAGACCGCUUCUCUUGCCCGGUCUUCUUUAGUCCAACCUAUGCGACCAACGCUGCCCCAUUGCCCGACCUGGUCAACGAGAAUCAUCCAGCUAAGUACAAGCCGGUCAACUGGGCAGAAUACUACAAGAUGAGGAGGGAUGGCAAUUUCAAGAACUUGGGCAAGCCAAACGUCCAGAUAGAUAACUGGGCCAUUGACCAUUGACCAUAUAGUCAUUGGCCAUUACAAUAAAAACUAUACCGUACUAGAAGUUGACUAUCGUUGAAUGGA